UCAUGGUUGCUGACAGGUGCUUGCAGAGGGAGGAAAAUAUUAUGAAAAUGUCGUUUUUACCAAAUGUACUUAAUGUCUAAACACACGUUUUAAAGAAAUGUUUAUCCCUUCAUUAAUAUGGACUGCAGCCUACGUGAUAUUCUCCUUAUGGCUCUCUAUGAGAAUCUUGGCUCUAAUCCUGCAUUUUUUAAUUAAAAAGAAGACUGGAAUACUUGUUAAAAUAUCCAGGGUUGGGUUGGGAGCCUUCCAUAACAUUCACAUUGGCAUCAAACAGGGACUGCAAGUGGAAAUUGAUAAAGUCUGGCUAUCCAGUAGUUACCUAAAUGAUGCAGUCCGUCAGCCUCUGGUUUUGUGUAUGGGGGAGGUCCGUAUCCAGGCUAACACUGAGGGGAGCCAUGAGCGUGCCCAGCACCUCCCACCCACCAAACCUCGGGACCGCAAUAAGAUCUUUGCCCUACCAAAACUAGCUACAUACCUUCAGCACUUUGGUAUUCGUGUGGACAGCCUGACGGUGAUGCUGCUAAAGACAAUGAUUGCAGACUGUCUCAUCCACGUGGAGGGCCAGACACUUGGGCUCGAUAUAUCAUGUGUGGAUGACAGCCUGCAGCUUAUAGUGAAUGCUGGAAGUGUGACCUGUCGAGCUCUCAGAAGUGUUGCCCAGACAGAGGAAGUGGGGAAGAAGGACAAGGGACCGUGUCUGGCCGAGAUGUCCUUCAGUCUCUACACAGAUCUCAGUGUAUACAGGAACAAUAUACGCAGACUCAAGAGUUCAAGGCUGCUCAUAAAUAAACCAGAGAUAAUGCUCACGGAAGGCCUUUUGUCUGGAACCCAUUACCUCAAGAAAGAUCCAACAGAAAUCAUAACCAGUCAUCCAAAUACAGAAGAGGCAGCACAAGUGACGUCAUCUCGUCUAGACUUACUACCAGAGGAGUUUGGGAUGGACGUAACUGAGGUGAAUGUCACCAUUGUCCGGGAAAACACACAGAGAUCACUAGGAGUUAAAAUCAAGACAUUUCACAUUGAUCUCUUCAAUGAGUUCAAGGCAGAUAGUUCUCAUGAAAUCUCCUGCACAUUCCUUAUUGAAGAUUUCACUACAAAAUCUCAACAGGCUAGAUUUGCAGAAUUACUCAAGCUUGAAUUCAAAUCAAUGGUAAACAGUGAGGAGGUUCGUGUGCGGAGUCUUGUGGAGAGCGCAUACUUCCACUAUCACCAUGAUGAGGUGCAAUACUGGAUUCUUGUGAUUGCACAAUUCUUGCAGAAGGGAGACAACUCUCAGGUUAAUGCAGUCAACACGCAGUCACCUCCCUUGAAAAGACAACAAAGCAGUGGUUUGUCUCAGCUUGUGGAGGAGAAGCAGCUGACUGUGGAUGUGGAGCUGUCAAACAUCUCCACCGCAUUCUCCACAGCCUCCUGUCCUGGCCUGGUACUCGGCGUUUCCAAUGUCUCCAAACAUAUCACUGUCAAACCUGGAACCAGAUCUACAGAAUCCCCUGCAUCCUGGCUCCAGUCACAUGAUGUCUCUAUAGAGAUGGAACUGAACACCCUGUAUUGUACGAAUGCUGAGAGCAAAACCUCUCUCUCAGAUCUAAAUGGCAAAACACACUUCUGGAAACAUGUCGCAUAUGUUAACAUGCUCAUGAUAAAGGUUAAUAGACUGGGACAGGAUUUGCGCAUUCAAGGCAUGGUGGACAAUUUACACGUUGAAUGGUCUUCAGAAACUGUAGGCAUUAUUAUAGCCUUGCUUACUGCCCUGGCAAAGGCAAAAAUCUCGGCCCCUCGUAGGCUCUCAAAUGCAGCUUUCCGAAGCAGGCACGAGAACAUGAACAUCCCCGUGCAAGAAGACAGAUGGUACCACAACCUCAACCUCAUCAUGAAGUUUGAUAUCUCAAACACAAACUUAUUCAUGUGCAAUAAUUAUAACGUAUGUCUGAUGUUGAGGGUUGACAGUGCUGGUAUGCAGUACAGACAGGGUCAGGCGCUGGUCACCAUAGAGGGAACCAAACUCAAGUACCUGCCCAUGGACAACCAGCAUAUAAGCCUUGUGCGCUCCUGUGAUAUAGUCUCCCCGGCCGCAAGCCUUCAGGAGAUCCGGAUCAAGUACCAAGUUUCACAAAAGGAGGGGACUGUGCAGCUAUCCAAGGAACUGACUUUUGAUUGGACAACAGCCUGUCACAUGUGCAUUAUCCAGGCAAUAGAAGAUGUGGCAGAAUUGAAAAAUAAACUGAGAGGUGAGGAAGUAGCUCCACCUACAGUCUCCCAGCCCCAGCUAUCCAAGCAGAACAACAGCCUGGCCUUGACAAUCAUGGUGACUACAGAGGUCAAGGUCAAACUACAACUGUCAUCCAACCACAGUGUAACUAUUGUUCUGGACAACAUCCUGGCCUCCCUCAGCCAGGAGGAGCUGGUUACUGAGGUGACCACUCUUUCUAUCUUCUGUGAUGAGGAACGGGUCUUCUGCUUUCAGGGCCUGCUCUUUGGAACAUUACCUGAUGCUCACCUUAAACAUGAGCGGAAAAACUUCAAAGACCUUACUCUACAAACCAACAGGGCAUGGAAUAUCUCCAUUGAUGUUCUCAACAUCUUGUUUCCCUACAAUUUUGACUUCUCUGCCGUAUUUGAAGAGUUUGUGAAUUUCCAAAAGUGGUUGAAGCUGGUUCACAAGGUGAAGAAGCGACCUUUCACAGUGGACAGCAAACUGCCCCCUGACCUUCAGAUCAAGGUCAAGACAUUCAAGUUGGAGAUUGGAGAUGACCCAUUCGAGGUGAAGCUGGGAGACAACCAUGAGCUCAUGAAGGAUGAGUAUCUCGAGAGUGAGAAACGACGCACCGUCCUCGACCAGAAGGUCCAAAACCUCAAGAAGGGUUACGGCAUAAUUCCGGCCCACAAGAUAGAGGAGGUAUAUGCGUCGCUGGGGAAGACAGGCAGUGACAUCUACAUCCAGCGUUCCCGGCAGCUCUACCAGAUAACACCGCUCCGUACCAAACUGUUCACAUGGUGUAUGGACUCUUUGGAGAUUGUUGCCCUGGCGGACACGUCAAUACAUGGCAAGGAGAAUGUGGUUGCCAACAUGAGGGAAAUUGAUCCUGAUAGCCCAUACCCUGAUGAAGGCCUUGACUUUACGACCCUGUGGUGCCGAUACGUGAAUUUGAGUGUGAAAACAUGGACGUUCCAGUUUCGGGACUACCCCCAGCUGGCGCUCGAUAUCAAGGACAUGACGGUCUGGGGACGCCUCAUUGGCUCGGAGAUAGAGGGUGCUAGGAGAGCAAAGCGUCACUGUGUUGUGGAGGUGGCUGAGCCGUGGGGCAACACAACAGUAGAGAGAAACCUGCCUGCUCUCAAGUUCACACAUGACUUCAGCUCCGAUGUUGAAUCAUGUGAGAUGACAAACGGUGCAUGCUGGGAGCCAGUAGUGGCCCAGUACAACUUGGCCCUUGACCUGAUCAACAAGGCAUCUGUGGACCCAUCCAACCCCAUGCCGUGGUGGGACAAGAUCCGACUCCUGCUCCAUGGGAGACUCACAAUGACUGUUGUGCAUAUGAGCUGGCUCUACCAUGCAUCGUUUGACCCAUACAACACCACUGAACUCAUGGACUGGACAUGGUCAGAUCUUGUCAUGGACUGGACAAACAUGAAGUUCCUAUUGAAGGGUGACCUGGACAUCUAUGCAAGGACUGCAUCUAAGUAUGACGACUGUAAACUGCUUCAUCUCCCCAACCUCAAGUUCUGUGCAAAGAUAGACUGGUUAUCCCUUGGAGACCCAAAUGACCACCACCUGGUGAUGCCGUGUGCCCCGGACAAGGUGCCAGACUAUUCACUUGAGGAACAUGACUCAUACAGGGCUUUCAGAUCUCAAAACCUGAACUUGAGCAUCUCGUUAGAGACAUCUCGCAGGAGAGAUCCGCGGGGCGGGAAACCAAUUGGACUCUUCUACGCUAGCACUCUCAGGUUCAUGGAGAAGAUUGGGCUGUGCCUGGCUAGUGUCACACGGCCAGUGAGGCGUGGGAAGAUGUUUGACAAUACGAAGAUUCGCAAGCCUACACUGAGUCGCCAUUACAAGUAUGCCCAGAUGUCUGUCAACUUCCACCAGUUUGACGUCCACUACUGGAUGUCCUUCUCCCGCCAGCAUGGAGCCAAGUUUUCCACCAAUUCCUUCGUGCUAGAAUUGCGGAAUGAGCUGACGCUGCGGCCAGUAGAGGAUGGGUUGAUACACCGGCCAAGCGCUGACUGGAGUGUGAUAUACCUUAACUGUCUCCUCUCUGGCACCAAGACAUGGCUGUGCAGCUCUCAAGUCCGACACCAGGACGAGCUGGACAUGUCAACUGCAGGCCGGCCUGUCAUGGAAAGCUUCUUCCUCAGUGUUUCCAAGGUUUCAUACCAAAGGUCAUCAACAGAUAAAAGUGAAAUCCCUGACCUUCAAGCCACAAAGACCCCCACCCACAACCUGCAGGUGUAUGACAUGCGGGGCUUGUGGAACAAGGAGAACCGUACCGUGCUCAUUGGGCUCUACGACAGCUACAUGAAAGCCCAGUCGCUCAAGCGGAACCUCUCAGCUGAGGCCCUCAAAGGAUUCAAGAUCGAGGGUAGUGGAAGUGCAUCUAAUGCAAAGUUUCCCCAACGUGGGUCAAACCUGCACCUGGAUGAGAUGGAAGUUGCCACGCCCAGCCCCUCCAGCAAGAUGCAGGCCGGACACGCCCACUCCAUGCUCAUGAAACUAGUUGCAGAGUCUGAUAGCAAGUCUGUAGCCUUUACUGAGGAGCCAUCCAGUACAAACAUGGACCAGCUCCAGGGUGUAGCUGCCUGUCAGGGAGACGACAUUGUGCAGAAAAACUGGCUUAUUGAGUUGCACAACAGCCAGAUCUUUGUGAAGGGUUGUGAGACGCAGGGGUUUUUGAUUGUGAGUGCGGCAAAGGCCAAGGUGCUCUCAUGCAGCCACAUGCCUGUCUGGGUGCGUGACAACCAGCUCCGCAGUAAAGACACAUGGUCAGGAUCGUUGGAUUGCAUGCAGUACUAUGCUACAGUUGACCCUGGCCCAGAGUUUACAGAUGACACAAUCCCAUGGUUGUCAAAAGCUCAUGUGGAGGACCGCUCUGAGCCAGAUCCAACCAGUCUGCAGGAGAUGGCAGGCAGCGGCCACAGUGUGGGCGGCAUCAUCAACACAUGUUAUGCAGGGGCACAUAAGUCCAAGUCCAUCCAGAUGCAGAGGAUCAUCUCCCGGUGCAAGUGCCAGUUUUUCUACGUGAACUACGGGGAGGCAGACCCACUGUUGCUUCAGGAGGUUCCCCCACCGCCAUCAGAUGAUGCUGACAUGAUGCAGAGAGAUGAGGGCGUUGACACGCUGACACUGCUUCACCAUGAUCUUAAUGUCUGUACAAACCAUCUGCAGCAUGACAUGAUCAUCGACAUUGUGAACAACCUUUUACUGCAUGUAGAACUGAAGAAAAAGGAGGUGACAGAGAAGUUACAGAGCAUGAGGUUCCAGCUACAGCUCUCCCGAGUGGAGGAUCAAAAGACUCCUAUCCUCUCUCUGCAGGAGAGUGUCAGGCAGCACAGUGAGAGGUACCGGUUCUAUGAGAAGGAGCUGUUUCUUGUGCUCAAGGCCCUUGAAGAGGAGGAAAAUGAAAAUUACCUUGAAGAGUUGAAGGAAGACCAGGAGACGCUGCAGAUGCGGCUGCGACAGUGCAAGGACAAGAUGACCAUGCUUAACGAGGAACUGUCCAUCCGCAUCAGCUGCUUCAAGGAGAGCCAGCUGCAGGGUCAGGCUUCCACACAGAAGGCCCAGACCCAGCAGGCGUACGUCAUACGCAGGAACGAGGUCUGCUUCAAGUUCGCCCAGUGGAGGCUCACAGAGCCAGACGGUCAGGUCGGGAUUUCAGAUCUGGCCUUGAGGAACUUUGUGUACACGAAGGUGAACAGGGACAAUGAUACAUGGAGCCACCAGGUGGAGCUUGGCUGGGUCAAGGUCACCAACCUUCUGCCCAAUACAAUCUACAAGGAUGUGAUAGUGCCGCGGGAACUGCCGAGUGGGGAUGACAACAGGAGAAUGACACUCAGGGUGCUGUGUACAGAGAGGCCUCCUGUUGGUGGUAUAGCGGUGAAAGAACACUUUGAGGUGAACCUAGUGCCCCUGCAGAUUCAGAUGACCCACCAGUACUUCAAAAAGAUCAUGGAGUUCUUCUUCCCAGACAAGGACAUAGACAAGGAGGAUGCAGAUGAUGACAUGGAUGGGGCGAGUUCAAGCAAAUCAUUUACUCGUUCGGACAAGAGAGCGUCCCAGCGAAGCAGUAAGGAGCUGAAACGUUCACCGUCCAUCACAGCUACUGACGACAUUGACAAGAUGAAGGAGAGAGCUGCAAACAACAACACUUUCCUGUAUAUCAAGGUUCCAGAGGUCCAGACACGCUUCUCAUAUAAGGGAGAGAAGGAGAAGAAUAUUAUAGAUGUACACGACUUCAGCCUGGUGCUGCCCACCCUGGAGUACCACAACUGUAUCUGGACAUGGUUCGACCUCCUCAUGGCCAUGAAGAACGACAGCAAGAAAGUCCUUAUCUCACAGGCCAUCAAGCAGAAGCUGCACAUGCGUACACGUAUCGGGGAGGAGGCGCCGGUCACAGAUGUUCAGCAGGAGGAAGACAAGGCCAAGAUGCUGCUUGGAGCCAAACUACUGACCCCACAAGAAAAGCCUGCUAAGAAGACUUUGUUUGGAAAACUUCAGAAGUAAUGGUGGUAACUUCACUAGCGAGAGAGUGUUCAGUGAGCUUACAGAUCUCUUGGUGCUUCAUAAUAGUCUUCAGGAAUGCAAAAGCUUACAGUAAAUGCAUAAUCUAUCAGGACAUAAAGACAAAGGGUACAAUGAAAUGAAGCUGCUUUUUAAAAUAAAAAAAAUAAAAUAAAAAAAGAGAGAAUAGUUUGGUGUAUGAGGAAAAAACAAAAGGCAUUACUGUAAAAUUCUAAAGAGAUUCUAUGAAGAGUUUGUUUUAUGUAAAUAAUUGCCAUGUAACCACUGCUUGUGUUAUACAUGUAUGUGUUAGUCAAUAAAUUACAGUAACAUAAUAAUUAAGUGCAAUAAUUUUCUUACAUACUUAUAUGUUAUGGGGGUUUGCUAUUUUAUAAUCCUGAUAGUGCUUAUCAUUGUGUGUGUAAUUAUUUUGUUAACAGUGCUCUCUUAUAGAUUGGCAACAAUAUUAUUUCAAGGACAAUGAAGAGUUCAAGAUUUACUAUGAAUUCAAAUAUUAAACAUAAAAACAUGACUUUAUUUCAAGAAAACGGUGGAGAGCUACAGCUGAAAAACUCGAUUUGGGGAUUUAUGAAUUUGCAACCAUAUAAAGAAAUUACAUUUAAUUUCAGCUAACUUUGUAAGUUUUUAACAAAGUGCUAAAGUUUACUGUUCAGAUUUCUUUUAAAAAAAAUUCUGCUAUCUACUCUUCUGCUGGUAAAUGUUUUCUUGGAUACUUUACCUUGGCAUAAAUAUUUAUUAUUAUUUGAGUCAAGUUGCCUGUUAACCUUAUCAGCACUGAUGGGGUGAUUUAUUUCAACUAUAGCAGGAGCACCUGCAGGAUUGUCAUGUGAUAGCAACAAUUUAUUGUCAGCUGAACAUAACUAAUGCAGUUCAAAGUUGAAGACUUCAAAAACAAAAAAUGUAUUUAAUGUAAAAUAUUUAUAGAAAACAUUCUUCUAAAAAGUUGCUGUUUGCCAAUCUGUGAGUGAGUUUUAUGUUUGAUAUUCCAUGAUAUUUUUUAUUAUUUUAGCUUCAUAGACUCAAAGCUUAAAGGUGCACACUUCCCAAAAAGAUCUAACACAUUCAAUACAAAUGUUUAAAUAUUCCAAAAUAGAUAAAUAAAUGUCAAAAGCAAUGGUUAUUAUGGAGGAUACCGAGUUUAAUUUGAAAGAAAUGUGUAUAAAACACAGUGUUUCUACUUUAUGAGAUGAUAGUGGAUCAUAAAAAAUCUUUUAGCAUUCACCAAUCAUUUAAUAUACGGUAUUUGCGUUUCUUUCUAUUUAAUACACGGUUUCAAUCUUGUUAUCAGUAAUUAAUGUUUUCUAUAAAUGCAUAAUUUAGUAAGAAGUUAAAGGUUUAGCACUCAAAAUUUAUGUUUGUUAUACAUGUGUAUGUAUUGAUUUUGAAUAAGAGUCUCACUUUAACCUGUAUCAAGUUUUGUGUUUUAACAUCAUACAAUAAUUUAUUUUAUAGACUAGCAGAUAGCUACUCCGAAAAUUUUAAAUGUGUGUGUUGUCUAUUUAUUUUCCCACAGUUUGUAAAUAUGUGUUCUGAUAUUUCUAUUACCUGGUCCGAAGAUAUUUCUCUGUUUCUGUGUUAAAUUGUUUAUUUAUUUAUUAAUUGCAUAUAAAUUUUACCAUUAAUUUUCAAUUGUGCAACUGUCAGAUAUUAAUAAAAUUCAAUGCAAAA